UGCGAAUCGUUUUUCACCUCCACCUUACCGCCGUCUUCGUAGCUCGACAGGCACGACGGGGCCGUCGUUCGACGAACCACAUUGCCACUUCCAUAUCAAUUCGCCUUCAUCGUCUGACGAAACUACAUCAAACAACCUUGCGUCCGUCUCCCUCUCGGCUUGCUCGAUCAAUCACGCCGCCGCCGCCGCCGCCGCCUCUGCCGCUGCCUCUGCUCGGAGAGAGAAAGGCGAAGGGGAGAGGGAGUGUCUCCCCUCUUGAAAUUGAAAUUCAGAUACGGAGAAAAGGCUUCCAUCGCGAUAGGGCCCGAGCGACACGUGUCCCCCGAUGAAUGGAGUGAGAUUUUAACACGAGUUCUACCUAAUCAUUCCACCACUCCCCCUCCCCCUCCCGCUUUUGCUUUGUUCGUUCUUAAAAUAUCUAAGGAAGAUGUUCCCAAACGAGAAGCACUCCAGGCGGCGGCCUCCCGCCACCGCCCCGUCCCCGCCCCCUCCCCCGCCGCCGCCACGCGCCGCCCCCCCCGCCGCCGCCGCCGCCGCAUUGCCCUCGUCUCGCCGCCGCCUCACCCCGUCGACCUCCCUCAUCGACCAAGAGCUCGAGACCCUCCAGGACACCUCCUCCUUCCUCCUGGGGAGCCUCCAAACCUCGCUCGACGAAGCCGCGUCCCCCGCGAGCCCUAAUCCGAACAACCCCAGGAGCUUCCCUCACAGCGUGAAGCAGCAGUGCUGGGACAAGGCCGAGAGGGUCAAGGGCCGCGAUGCCGACCGGUGGCGUCGCGACGCCGUCGGGAACGUCGUGUUCCGCAAGCUCGUCGGCUGCCCCGGGUGCCUCUGCCACGACUACGAUCACAUCUUGCCUUACUCUAAGGGAGGGAAGAGCACGUUGGAAAAUUGCCAGGUUUUACAGGCAACAGUAAAUCGAUCAAAGGGAAAUCAGACAGAGAUUACUAGAGCUGAUCUCAUCAGAAGAAGUUCUUAUUGCCGAGUUUCAGACCGUGACAUGGAUCUUCUCGAAUUGUCCGCUUAUGGCAAUGUUCGCCGGGACCAAGAUUCUGGUGGAUGCAGAAUACAGUGACUGAUCAUUACCGUUGGUCAAACCUUUCUACACUGUGCAACUGGGUUUCCAAUUUGUCCGGCAUGCUGGAGUUUCAAGAUUAUGGUGGACCAAAUCCUCUAUUUGUAGAAGUUCCUUGGAGUGUAUAUACUCUAUUUGAAAACUGCAAUUCUCCUCGAAAUGAAAUGAGAUGCAAUUGUUUUUGUUAUUUUGCCCAA